AGACAUUUUAGCAGAAGUGAGCAGACUUGACUCGACCUCAGCACAGGAGCACGAUGAGCCUUGUGGAUGAGAUUAUCGUCCCCUGUUGCGCCAUAGGUCUCCUAGCAGCCUUUGCGCAGUUUUUGAUCAUUAGGAAGAUUUCUCUGACCCCAAACGGCCAGGACCUUUCCAAGAGCCUGACUUCAGGGGAUGCACCUGAGAAGUUGGUGCCAGAGAUCUAUGCCAAGAUCAUGGAUGGUGCCAUCCAAUUCAUUAAGGUGGAGUAUGCAAUUUGCUGCCUCUUUUGUGUGCUCUUCUCCGGGGUGAUCUAUGGCUUGGUGUCCUGGGGAACCAAGAGCCACACCCAGGGUGCCCUCACAGCAGGUGCUUUCUUGACAGGUGCCUUCACCUCGAUGUUGUGUGGUUUUUUUGGGCAUGAUGAUCGCUACCUUCUCCAACGCGCGCACCACCUUGGCCUGCGCCCACAAGGGCUACACUGAGGGUUUCAACACCGCCUUCCGCGGCGGAAGUGUCAUGGGCUACGCCCUUUGCUCUUUGGGAGUGUUCGUCCUGUGGGUUUUGCUGACCUUCUACCGCAAGGUCUACCCAGAAGCCGAUGACUGGGAGAUCCUUUUCGAUUGCGCUGCUGGUUAUGGACUUGGCGGCAGCACGGUGGCCAUGUUUGGCCGUGUGGGUGGCGGCAUCUACACCAAGGCUGCCGAUGUGGGCGCUGACCUUGUGGGCAAGGUUGUUGCCGGCUUGGAUGAGGACGAUCCCAACAACCCUGCCACCAUUGCCGACAACGUGGGCGACAACGUGGGCGACAUUGCCGGCAUGGGAGCAGACUUGUUCGGAUCCUUUGCUGAGAGCACUUGCGCUGCGCUGGUGAUUGCUGCCGCAGCGGUUGAGGGCUCCAACAACACCUUGUCAGCUGCUGGCUGGGAUGCCAUGCUCUUCCCAGUGGCCAUCUCCGCUGCUGGCAUUGUGAUUUGCAUCCUUUGCGGCUUCUUCGCGACAAACAUUUCUCCAGUCAAGGUGGAAGCAGACAUUGAGAAGGUCUUGAAGAUCCAGAUGGUCCUGACCGCAAUUUUGAUGCUUCCUGUGAUCUACUACUUGGCUGUGCUCCUGCUGCCAGAGCACUUCCGUCUUGAGGGCGUGCGCUUGACGGAGUCCGGACACCAGGCAAAGAUCCACGGCAGCCCCUUCAAGGCGUUCAUUUGUGCUACAAUGGGCUGCGUCGGUGGGCUCAUCAUCGGUCUAGUCACAGAGUACUUCACUUCUCACUCCUUCAUCCCGACGCGCGAGUUGGCCUCCGCCUGCAAAUUUGGCACUGCAGUGAACAUCAUCCAGGGUCUCGCAUUGGGAUAUAAGAGCUGCAUCGUCCCUGUCUUCGUGCUGUCUUCAGCAAUUUUCGUCUCUUUCCAGCUUUGUGACUUGUAUGGCAUUGCACUCGCCGCCCUGGGUAUGUUGGCCACUCUCAGCUGCGGUUUGACGAUCGAUGGAUUUGGUCCUAUCAGUGACAAUGCUGGUGGCAUCGCUGAGAUGGCCCUCUUCAACCCAGAGGUGCGUCGCCGGACGGAUGCACUCGAUGCGGCUGGCAACACCACGGCAGCGAUUGGAAAGGGCUUCGCCAUUGGCUCUGCCGCCUUGGUGUCCCUGGCUCUCUAUGGCGCCUUUGUCAUUCGCCUCCGGGUGAAGACUGGUGUGAACAUCUUGGAGCCCACCACUUUCGCAUUCCUCAUCAUCGGCUGCAUGAUCCCCUACUGGUUUGCGGCCCUGACAAUGAAGUCUGUUGGAAAGGCCGCUGGGGAGAUGGUGGCCGAGGUGCAGAGGCAGUUCAGCAUGAAAGACUCCAAGGGAAAGACGCUCUUGACUGGCAGCACCGAGCUGAAGCCAGAUUCCAAGACUUGCAUUCAGAUCUCCACCCAGGCCUCCAUCCGCGAGAUGGUGGCGCCUGCCUGCCUGGUGAUUUUGUCUCCUUUGGCCGCGGGAACCUUCUUCGGCAUCCAGGCGGCCUUCGGUUUGCUGACUGGAUCUCUGGGAUCUUCGGUGCAGCUGGCCAUCUCCAUGUCCAACUCGGGCGGUGCCUGGGACAACUGCAAGAAGUUCAUCAAGAACGGCUUCUCCGAUGACGUGGAGCUGCGCUACACCAAGAACCCCCAGACGGAGGAGGAGAAGAAGGCUGCCCCCAAGGCCAAGGAGGCCCAUGAUGCAGCGGUGCAGGGAGACACUGUGGGUGAUCCCUUCAAGGACACCUCGGGACCUGCCCUGAACAUUGUUAUGAAGCUUCAGGCCAUUGUCUCUCUGGUCUUCGCGGCGUACUUUGCAGCCAUCAAUCAUGGCCAUGGAUUGAUUCAGGUUCAGUAGGUAGCUAGCACUGGCAGCGCUUCAGCUUGAGCUUGCGCAAGUAUCACCAGUGGUGACAUCGCGCCUUGGCGUCCGGAGCAGACUUGACGAAGACGAACACUUCAGUCAGUGUCAGGUCUUGGCCGUUCCAGGCGAGGUUUGGUGGCAGACACGGUUUCCAAUGCAACGACGCAGCAUUGUAGCCUCAUCAUAUUCCCCUUGUCCACUUGUGGUAAGAGGCUGUUGAAGCUGGUAGGCAUACAUUUGCAUCACAGGGUUGUUGCGGUAUGCAGUUCUUAAUCCCUUUGUGCAUGUUUAUUCGGCUAAAAUAGACGAGACACCGGUGUACAAUUGCUACGCCUCCAAAAAAGUGCAAAAAUCA